AUGGCCGUCGUUCGAGCACGCAAUAUCCACGCGAAGCAGGAGAUCUGGGAGCACGGGUGCAACAACGCGCUCAUCCUGCCCUCAGAACCGCUCUCAACGCUAAAUAUGUCCUAUCAAUACAUUGCACCCCCUCCCCACGACCCGGCAAUGGAGUACAGCCCGGCAUUCAGGAUCAUGCCACAGGACUCAUCGGCACCAGAGGGCGACGGUCGAGACUCGGAAGGAUCGUAUGAUGAUAACCCGGGCUCGGCGCUGCGGCGAUCGUUCAGCACGCCAAACGCGUCCCAGAUGCAACAAGGGACAUCCGGCGCACAAAUGUCGACCGGUGGAACCGGAGAGAAAAAGAGAAAUAAGCUCGGCUACCACAGGACCUCGAUCGCCUGCAUGCCAUCGAAUGGCUUGCCCGCUGGUGGCCACUACGGAUUUGGCAGCCAGGCGCCGGGCAUGUGGAUGUCGCCGGACUCGAACGGAGCUCCGCUGGUCAAGGCUGAGGGACUCAACAUGACUUGGACUCCAUAUCCAGCCGAAUCACCCUUGAGCGCGCAAUUCUCGCCGUUUCCGCAGUCAUCGGGUUCGUCGGCACCUUGGGCGCCGGGGAGCUCUGAGGCUGGGUCUCACGACGACAUGGCGUGGUCCGAGUUUCCACAGCCGGCUCGAUCGAUGUCAUAUAGCGGGGAGAGCACUGCGGGCCAGCAGCAGCUCCAAUACUUGGCCACUGGUGACGGACAGCAGUUCGAGCGUCGUGCAUCCAACUUCUCGGGUAUAUACGGACAGCCCUUUGGACCAUCGGCGGCGAACAUGACUUCAAGCGGAAUCGCUGGACUUGACGGCCAUGACACGAUAUUAGCGGGUGCAGUCCCGUCAGAUGCGGAUUCAUGGCACCAGCAGAACGUCCUCGCCCAGGACUCAGCCCAGUUUCGGGGAUGGCAGUAUGGAAAAGCAACGGGAAACCAACAAGUGUGGCUGGAUGAGCAGCGACAGCAGACAGUUGUCACCCAGGCACCGUCGGAUUCAUACUACUCCGCCUGA